UUCAAUAAUGUUUGUUUUAAAUAUUAUUUUCAAUGAAAAUAAGAAUAAUAUGAAUGAAACACAUGGUCUAGGGGCGUGACUACUGGAAAACAUGCUUCAACUUCAUUCUUUUAAUAGGCGCAACUCUUGGAAAUGCAAUUGUGGCCGUGUUGUGCCGAUGACAAACAGUCAUUAAGCAACAAACUAAAGCGUAUGAGGGCAUUUUGGUAAGUCAAAAAGUAGAAAACCGCAAGAGUCUUCACAAUUAAAGUAGAAGCAUGAGGGCACUUUGGUCAACCAGGUCCUUAUACUUGAUGGUGAGGAUAUUUCCAGCGUUAGACUCACGCUAUUUUUCGCGCUUUUAUAUUAUGGUUAUAGAUGAGUACCAUGGAACCAACCCAUUCAUCAGAGAGAGUGAGAUGAGUAGUAGUAGUAGUAGUAGGAGGAGGAGGAGGAGGAGGAGGAAGGAGAGAGUGAGAUGGAUACAACACUACAACAAUGGGCAGAAGAUACUACUGGUUGGUGAAGGUGACUUCUCAUUUUCAGCAUGUUUAGCUAGAGCUUUUGGCUCUGCUGUUAACAUGGUUGCAACUUCUCUUCAUUCUCAAGAGUUGUUAAAGGUGAAACACUGGACAAGUGAAGCAGAAUUGCAGACAUUAGAGAGAUUAGGAUGCCUAAUUUUGCAUGAAGUGGGUGUGUAUGAGAUGGGCAACCAUCCCACACUAAGUCGCAUGAAAUUUGAUGUUGUAAUAUUUAAUUUUCCUCAUGCAGGCCAUUUUCAUGGCUUUUGUGAAAGAGAUGAAGAGCUUAUUGGGAUGCACAGGGAGCUUUUGACUGCUUUUUUUGAGAAUGCAAGAGAUUUGCUGGAGGAAGGUGGUGAAGUGCAUGUCACACACAGGGACGACUAUCCUUACAACACAUGGGGUUUGGAAAAGCUAGCUUCAAAAGCUGGCUUUUAUUUGAAAGAGAAAGUGGAGUUUGAAAAGGGGAACUACCCAGGAUACCAUAACAAGAGAGGUGGUGAUAUCAACUGCAACAAGCCAUUCCCUCUCAAACUCUGUUUCACUUUCAAAUUCACUCUCAAGAAAAGUUAUUUGCCGAAGAAUAAUGUCAUUGACCACAACAAUCAAAUGGUGAAGAAGAUUGACACUGUAAGUGGUGACAGGGUGAAAUGUAUUGUUAAAAGUUUUAUGCCAAUGAAUGAUGUCAUUGACGACCACAAUAAAAUGGUGCGGAAGAUUGGCACUGUAAGUGGUGACAUGGUGGAAUGUAUUGUUAAAAGUUCUCUACCGGUGAAUGAUGUUGUUGAAGACCACAAUAAAAUGGUGAGGAAGAUUGACAUUGUAAGUGGUGACAGGGUGAAAUGUGUCGUUGAAAGUUCUAUGCCGAUGAAUGAUGUCGUUGAUGACCACGAUAAAAUGAUGAGGAAGAUUGACACUGUAAGUGAUGACAGGAUGAAAUGUAUCAUUAAAAAUUCUAUGCCGAUGAAUGAUGUCGUUGACGACGACGAUAAAAUGGUGGAGAAGAUUGACACUGUAAGUGGUGACAGGGUGAAAUUUAUCGUUAAAAGUUCUAUGCCAAUGAAUGAAGUUGUUGACAACCACGAUAAAAUGGUGAGGAAGAUUGACACUGUAAGUCGUGACAGGAUGAAAUGUAUCGUUAAAAAAUCUAUGCCGAUGAAUGAUGUCAUUGACAACAGCAAUAAGAUUGACACUCUGGCUGUUUUGGGAGGUUCUUUACUGGGGACAUUCUUAUCUGAGAAGGAUCGGUUUGACCUGAUAGCAGAUUCAAACGCAAUCCGUAAUGAUCUUAUUCCUCACAUGGUUUAUGGGAGGAACCUGAGGGAUCAAGAGUUUGCAUGUCACAAUUAUUUUUCUACUGCUUUAUUUUGGAACUUAUAUUCUUCAGGAGAGAGAGUCAAUUUGUGUUUUAAGACAAUUCUAAUUGCCUUCUAUAUUAGAAUGUUGUUGGAUGAUGUGAAACUGUGCAUGAGAUGGCUGCUUGGUUUGUUGGGAUUGAACUUAUUGAAUUUUUUUUCUUGAAGGAUGUUGUAUUGG